UCCUUUUUUUGCGUGACGGUUGAUUUACAACGCGCGAUUACUUUUGACAGCUCGAUUUCGCGACGCGCGCCCUCUAUCGGUGGCGAGAACGCGACCUUUCGGGCGGAGUCGGGCGCGCCUUCGGUGACGGCGACUGACGUCAUGGCGCAAGAUGGCCGCCGGUAUCGGGAAUGGUGUAGCGUAGACGAGGCUGGGCGGUAGAAACGAGUUCCCGGGGAAUAGGUGUGUCGGUGUUUCGGCGUCGCGUGCUAGAUAACACGCCGUCGGGAUGAUGCCCAGCCGCGUCGUUGUCGUCGUCGUCGUCGUCGCCGCCGCCGCGACGGGCUGAGUUCGGAGUUUCGGCGCCGCUCGCCCGUUCGCUCGCUCGCUCGCUCGCCCGUCGCCCGCUCGCCCGUUCGUCGGUUCGCCAGCGAGCUAGCUCGCCAGCUCGUCGGUGCAGUGCUCCUCGUACGAAUCGUACGUGCGAAUAGGUGCCGCGUUUCGUCUCCCUCUCUCUUUCCUUCUUUUUUUAUUCUCUCUCUCUCUUUCUCUCUCUUCUCUCUCUCUCUCUCUCCCCCUCUGCCUUUGCUCUUUCUCUUUCUCUCUCUCGUCGCUACUGGGAAUAUAGGUAAUCAAACGUGUCACGCAAGAUUUUUCCUCUUUGUACAGGAGUCGAGAGGACUCUCGACUCUCUUCCGCGAAUCUCCUUUACCGUGUAUUUUUUUCGGGAGAAGGACGGUCCUCUCGCAAAGUCGGGCGAUUAAAAAUGGAAACGAGAGCCAAGAGUGAAAAUCGGAGCACAGAUUGACGUUUGCCGAGAGAGAUCUGAGAGAGAGAGAGGUGGCGCCGGCUUUCUCGCGAGCGAUAACCACGCUCCGUCCCGAGCUCCACGAGUCCCGGCCCCGGCUACCGAAAGCCCGAUCGAAAAUUGCGAUAUUACUUGUGAGCGUCUCCCUUUCUUUACUCUUCUCUCUUUCUCUCUUCCGUCGUGUUUCGUGGAAUUGCCCGGGACAUACACCUCGAUAUUAAUUUCAAUAUUGCUCUCCAGCCCACUGUAUUGUGCUAUCGCCGUUAUUAAAUCAUCAUCGUAUCACGAGCAACCUACUACUAUUAUGGUGAUUAUUAUACUCACGUAAUAAAGAACGGAUUGAUUUGGCAAAAUGGCAUUUCGGAGCAUCGAAAUACGAGCGAAUCGAGCGGAAAAGGGAGAGUGACAGAAGUAUCGUGUCACAGAAAGAACAAUUUUAAAAGAAGAGGACCAAAGACAGAGAAGAAGGAAGCUGGAGAAUGCUCUUAGAAAUUUGCGAAAACAAGAUUAAACCGAUUGUGAGACACACACACACACACACAGUUCAAUGUCUUGUGAAACGAGAGAUUUCAUUGAAAGCGAAUCGAUCGCGAGAGUAAAUUUGCGCCUCGAGAUUUAUUUACAAGAAUAAGAGCAACGAUGAAAAUGCAGACAUGAAAAAAAUUGUUGGACGAUCCAGACGAUUGAUUCCUUUUUGAAAGAUGAGCGAAGACUUUGACCUAUUUAUCGUGCCGCGAAUCGAGAACUCGCAAAUUCAAAUAAAGAGAUGUAUCGAUUUUGCUAAAUUUGACAUAGACACAAAUUUGCACAUCGCAAGGUGUCAUUGUGCGUCACAAUCUGAAAAAAUUACGAGUGUCAUUGUAUCUCUGAAACCAGAGCGAAGCGAAAGAGAAGAAUAUAUUCAAAGAGCAAAACUUGUACAUUUCUUCAAAUGCUGAAUAGCCACUAAGAGAGAAAGGGAGAAAAAAAGAAAGGACUGAUAAGAUAAACGAUAAUCUUUGAAUUUGACUGAUUGCGCGCGCUCUCUUUUUUUUCCUGCGUGACUGAGAGUCGCAAGAUUUAAUGUAACAUUUGUAAUCGAGUCGAGAUUCACCCGCGGUCAAAGAAGAGAAGGUGCGCGUCAUCGGUGAAGCAAAUGCACCGCGAUCACGCGGAUGUCAUUGGAGUCGUAAGGAAUAAACGCACGCGAGGAGAGAAAGCUUCUUCUUCAAUUCACUGACACUGAGCAAUUUCACUUUUUGCCCAUGCUACUAGAUGGUCUUCAGAGUAUUUGACAUUCCAAAGGAAGGGAAUGGAGUGAAUAAUUUCAGCAGAGGAUUCUCUCAACAAUUCAAAAAUGUUAUAAGAUGGAGGGGAGUCCGAUGCUUUACGUAGAGAGCGCAAUAAUUGCGUUCGAGGAUCGCUCAAGAGUGGGCAGGACCACAGGACAAGGUUGAUAUAUCCUAGAGGUGAGCCACAAGGGCAGUCAGGACGUCCAACGAUGCUGCGAAGGCUGUAAUUUAAAUUAUAAUAAUUAGAGCUGAUUCUACAGACUCACGAUUUCUGAACGGCUCAGCUUAAGUUUUGCGAAGCCGGAGCUUCUUGCGAAGGUGGGAUAAAGGUUGAAAUACCGCAUGCCACGGUUUUCGGCUAAAGCAAGCAAAGAGGAGAGAAAGCGUGUAGAGCGAUCGAGUAAUUGAUCGGGCGGAGAGCUAGAAUGCGACGAGAGGCAAACACGAGGGCGAGAGAAAGAGGAGAAGGAAGCGAAGGGAGGGGAAAGCGCGAGAGAACGAGAUAAGCGCGAUCGGGAAUAACGAGAUAUCGGUUCGGGUCCAGAGGAGCGCGCGCACGAGAGGAAUUCCUGCCGAUUUCCGCUUCCUCACCUUGCCUCGUAUCUCUGCGUGUGUGUGUGUGUGAGUGUGCGAGCGUGCGAGUGUGCGCGUGUGCGGCGUGUCAUUCUUUCGCGUACAUGUCACGCGGCAUCUCGCGUAGCGUUGUACAGCACGUGCGCGCGCUGUAUGUGCGUGUGCGUGCGUGUGCGUGUGCGCGCGAUGUGUGCGUCACCGACGAUGAUCUCGUAGAUCCGAUGCGGGUGCGGGAAUAACGAGAGAGAGAAAAAAAAAGUAGAAUCUUGACGAGAAUAACGAGCACGACGUACAACUCGCAAAAUGUGGAAUAUGAUGUGCGACGUGAUGCCGACGAUCGCGGAGGACAGCAUGAGCCAGCGGAGCUCGCAAUUCUCCAACGAAGAGGGAAACUUUGAGCAGUUGAUGGUGCAAAUGCUGGACGAGCGUGAUAAGAUGAUGGAGACGAUGCGCGAGCAUCAGGAACGACUGCAAGACACGGAGACGCGGCUGGCGGAGGUCGAGAAGGAACGAGACGCUCUCAAUCGACAGCUUAACGCGAAUAUUCCUCAGGAAUUCUCGCAACUGACAAAAGAAUUGGCAGCGGCACGAGAGAGUAUCUUGGAAAGGGAAGAGGAAAUUUCCGAAUUAAAGGCAGAACGAAACAACACACGCCUCUUGCUCGAACAUCUGGAGUGUUUAGUAUCACGACAUGAACGAUCGCUCAGGAUGACAGUUGUAAAACGUCAAGCCGCCGCACAAUCUGGCGUAUCGUCGGAGGUAGAGGUACUCAAAGCUUUGAAAAGUCUUUUCGAACAUCACAAGGCUUUGGAUGAAAAGGUACGUGAACGUUUACGCGUGGCCCUUGAAAGGAAUACGAGUCUCGAGGAAGAGCUAGCCCAUACCAAAGAAGAACUCCAGCAGUAUAAAGUAAGCGGGCAUCCACCAAAAGCUAUAGAAGAUAGACCAAAAGAGAACGGGCAGGCGGACGAAGGUCAACAGCAGAAUAAGAAUGAGACUCAGCAGACAACGAGCCAACAGCAUCAGCAACACCAAUCGCAGCAACAACAACAACAACAACAACCGGUACAAAAACCAGGUACAGAGAAGUCCACUGAAGUCGGCAGUAGACUGAGCAAUGGAAGUCUUGAUCUCGCCGAGCAGGAUUCAGCAGUACGAGUAAUAGACUUGCAAGCCACUCUCGACAAGCAGAGUUCGGAAUUAAGUACGUGGCAACGACGAGUAGCGGAACUAAGCGGACGUGUUGCCGAAUUAGAGGAAACACUGUCAAAAACACAAAAGGAUCUCUUAAAGGCACAGGAAGCAGGUCUCAAACUGCAAAGAGAUUUGCGGGAGAAUGCAGCGCAAAAAGAGGAUCAAGAGGAGCGAAUAAUAACUCUAGAAAAACGAUAUCUCAGUGCUCAACGGGAGUCCACUAGUCUUCAUGACCUUAAUGAAAAAUUGGAGCAGGAAUUGCAGCAUAAAAAAGCUCAAUUGAAGCUCCAAGAGGAGAAAAUCGCUGCUAUACAGGAGAAAUUAGAACUCGCGGAACAGAAAUUAGCUCAAUAUGCUAAAUUACCAGAAAUGGAAGAGCAAUUGAAACAGAGGAUGGAGGCUCUGACGCAGGUGAGGAGGCCCAACCAGCAGGCUCAGGAGAGGCAUGGUAGCGCAGAGGAUAGAAUCCAAAGACUGGAGGCACAAUUGGAAGAAAAAAAUGCAGAAGUAAUGCGCGUUAAUCAACGGCUUAAGAUGAAUGAGGAGCAUAAUACGCGUCUUAGCACAACCGUUGAUAAACUUUUAUCUGAAUCUAAUGAAAGAUUACAAGUACAUUUGAAAGAAAGGAUGCACGCAUUGGAAGAGAAGAAUGCUCUUACUCAGGAACUCGAGAAGACGAGAAAGAUAGCGGAAGAUCUGCAAAAUGAAAAGACUGACAUUGUUAAGGAAUUAGGAAAAGCGCGCUUAGAAAUUGACAAUGUUAAAAGACAAAUGCUCCAGCAGGAGAUUGCAUUUAAUAUUCAACAAACGGACGCGUUGACGAGAAGUUUAUCUCCGAAUGCUGUAGAUCCAGGUUCCUUUUCAAGGAGUGCAAGUCAUAGCAGUUUUGAUACGCACUCAUUGCCUAGAAGAGGUAAACGAUCUAUGGAAGAAGAUUCAUCAAAGAAUUAUGUUGCACGAACUUUGGCGGAGCAGGAAUGGGAAAAACUGCAACAAGCACAUGUACUUGCCAACGUUCAACAAGCGUUUGAUGUUUCGAGCGACGCAGAGGGUGACGGAGAUAAUGAAAGUAUUUUCAGUUGUGCAGCAGAUGUAAUUAGCCCUACUGGACAUACAGAUGCUCAAACAUUGGCAUUGAUGCUGCAAGAACAAUUGGAUGCUAUUAAUAAGGAAAUUAGAUUAAUUCAGGAAGAAAAGCAGAGUACGGAAGCGCGUGCAGAAGAAUUAGAAUCUCGCGUCGGCAGCCUUGAGCAUAUGAAUCUAUUAGCGAGAGGACGGAGCCUCGAACGAGCAUCACCGCCAUUGAGUGGUCGAUCCACUCCAAAAUCACAUCAUAGCCCUAAUAGAGAUUAUUUGCACAAGUACCACACCGUUAGUAAUCACGCACCCGCGUCAAUGUCUCCAGCGCAUUUACAUCAAUAUGCCGCUUCUUUAGCUAGUCCGGGCCAAUUGUCAGAAUCUCUUCCUGCUAGCCAGUUACAAUUGUCAGGGGAAGAAUUACACUCGGUUAGCGAAAGAGAUGGUACCGGCGGUGCGGGAAGUGGUGGUAGCGAUGCAGCUUCUCCUCUAACAGCUAGGUCACUGAGAUUGGAACGAGUGGUUCAAGCGUUGGCUCACAGUCAAGAAGAACUUAGAAGACGUACCGGACAGAGUGGAUUUCCAAGCAGUGGUUUCCCCACGCACAGGCAUGGGCAGCAUAACAACGGCGCACUGAAUUCUGGAACUCCCCCUUCCCCAUUGUCCUCACGCCACAGCAGCCAGGACAGUUUGCACAAGAACAACUUCUCCAGCGUCGGACUGCCUAUUGGACAAUUGUCGACGUCACAUUUGCACAUGCAAUCAACCAUGAGUCCCGCUACGGCAGCUGCGGUCGCAGCUGCUCAAAAAAAGAAAGGCAUUAAAAGCAGUCUUGGUAGAUUUUUCAGUAAGAAGGAAAAGAUUAAAGGGAAAGACACACCAAUGCCUGGAGAUGUACCAGGUAUGGGAGGUGCAAGUACGCCAGCUGAUCCUGAUUAUGGGGACAGCGUAUCUGUAGCUGGUACACUUGGAAGCAAAAGUGAUUUCGAUCGUAGGAAAAAGAAGAGUCCGAGUAUGUUUGGUAGUAUGUUGGACUCUUCGCGGCAUGAGCUCUUAGCAGAAGCAAUGAAAGCAGGAACGCCCUUUGCCCUAUGGAAUGGACCAACGGUAGUCGCAUGGUUGGAGCUGUGGGUGGGCAUGCCGACGUGGUAUGUCGCUGCUUGCCGAGCAAACGUCAAAAGCGGUGCUAUCAUGAGUGCUCUUAGCGAUACCGAGAUUCAAAGAGAGAUUGGCAUAAGCAAUCCCUUGCAUCGAUUAAAGCUGAGAUUAGCCAUUCAAGAGAUGGUGUCGCUUACGAGUCCGUCAGCGCCAAAAACCUCUCGCACAACAUUAGCAUUUGGUGAUAUGAAUCACGAGUGGAUAGGUAAUGUUUGGUUACCGAGUCUCGGAUUGCCUCAAUACCGAUCCACUUUCAUGGAGUGCCUUGUUGAUGCUAGAAUGCUCGAUCAUCUUACAAAGAAAGAUCUUCGUGGUCAACUGAGAAUGGUUGACAGCUUCCACAGAACAAGUUUGCAGUAUGGUAUUUCCUGUUUAAAACGACUAAAUUAUGAUAGACAACAAUUAGAAGAAAGAAGACGAGUGGCAGAAAGUGCCAAUAUAGAUGUACUCGUAUGGAGUAACGAUCGCGUUAUAAGAUGGGUACAGUCGAUUGGUUUGAAGGAAUAUGGAAAUAAUCUCUUGGAGUCGGGUGUGCAUGGUGCACUUAUAGCUCUAGAUGAAAGUUUCGAUGCAAAUAGUUUUGCGUUAACUUUACAAAUUCCCACACAAAAUACGCAGGCAAGACAAUUACUAGAAAUGGAAUUUUCAAAUCUAUUAACGGUAGCGACAGAGAGACGACUGGAUGAGAAUAGUAGCCUGAAAUCCUGAUCCAGUACGUCAAGUCGACUGUCUCAUAUUCAACCACAUCACGUCUAGUCCAAAACCCCAGCUAUCGCUACUAUCUAUGCGCAAAUGUGUUGUAAAAGUUGUAAGAGCUUUAAAUAUCAUAUUAGGAAUAAUCUUCACAUACGACAAAUGUGACAAAUGUGACAUUUUUUUGGUAACACCGAGGUGUGUUUUAACAUAAAACUGUUAAGAGAUAAGCUUACACAAUACAUUCGAUACUAGGAAUGCAUUUUAUGUCGCACGUGCAUCAAUUUAUAUAUGUCGCAUACCUCUUGACGAAAAGAGGAAGAGAUAGUUAUUCCGGACAAUUUUUCAUAUAGAUAUCGAAAUGUAGCAGGCAGUCGUUGUUAUUAUAUAUUAUUAAAGAGAUAUUUUAUAAUAGUACUCCUUUCGAAAACUCGAAAUAUCAGUUGCAAAUAAUUAUGACAAUAAUUCUCCUUGAGUUGGCUUGGUUUUUUUGUAAAAUUGAUAAUCCGUAGUCUUUCAGUAUUAACGUCGCGUAAUAGAAUACAUUCGUUAUGUCGCGAAUAUUAUAUACCGCGUUCGUAUGACAGCGUGUACUUAUAACACUCGGUAAAUACUUGAAGCAACGUAAAUUAACUUUAUAUCGCGUACAAAGAUAUAGUAGAGAGUCUCUAGGAUAUACCGUUGCUUUUGAAGAAAUGUGAAGUUGCAAGAUAUCGUGUAAUACAAUCAGGAAAGUGAAUUACAUAAAAAAGAACUGGAGUAAAUUUUUUUAUACAUAAUUUUAUUUUGUUUUAUUUUUUCUUUAUCGAAUUUAGAUUAAAUGAAUGAAUUCUGCUAAGAUUAGAGCUAGACAUCUGAAUAAAAGCA